AUGGGUACAUCCAAUCCAUUACUACUGAGCUCCACGACUGGACAAAAAACUGCCUUGCAGUUGCAAAUUUCUCGGAAUGGAUUUAAAGAUAAUGAUCAGAAAACAAAAUUUUACUCGGGUUUACCCAGUUAUUUAAUGCUGAUUCAUGUUUUCAACCUGUUGACUCCUAAGAUAUCAACAACUCCAAUGAAUGCACUGUGUCAGUUUCAAGAGUUUUUGUUGGUACUGAUGAGACUUAAACUAAAUCUACCUUUUCAAGAUUUAGCAUACCGUUUUGGAGUUUCGGCAUCAAGUGCUACAAGAAUCUUCUAUCGGUGGAUACCUAUAAUGAGUGAGCGGCUUGACUUUCUUAUCAAAUGGCCUGACGGGGAGAAUUUAAGAAAGACAAUGCCUUUGGUUUUCAAACAAAACUUUGGCAACAAGGUAGCAGUAAUAAUUGAUUGCUUUGAGGUAUUUAUAGACCGGCCAUCUAGCUUGAUUGCUCGAGCAAUGACAUGGUCCAACUAUAAACACCACAACAUAGUUAAAUUUCUUAUUGGAAUCACUCCCCAAGGAGUAAUAUCAUUUAUCUCUAAAGCCUGGGGGAGCAGAGUUAGUGAUAAAUACCUAACAGAAAAUAGUGGCAUCCUAAAAAACUUGUUACCAGGAGACAUUGUGCUUGCGGACAGGGGGUUUGACGUUGCUGACAGUGUUGGAUUUCAUGGAGCAAGACUAUAUAUUCCUGCCUUCACUAAAGGCAAGAAACAAUUGUCUGCUCUGGAGGUUGAGCAAACGAGAAAACUGGCAAAUGUAAGAAUUCGUGUGGAGCGUGUGAUUGGGCUUGUCAGGAGAAAAUUUACUAUUUUGCAAAGCACACUUCCAAUUGAGAGCAUAACAGCAAAGCAAGGAGAGCCACUUGCUCCCAUAGACCACAUUGCUACCGUCUGCUGUGCCUUAACUAAUUUAUCAGACUCAAUUGUAAGCUGA